AUGACUAGAUCUGAUCUAUAUCCUCUGGGAAGAGGACUAUCGGAUUCAGUUCGGAUUUGGCUCUUUGACCUAGCCCAGUCGAUGCCACCUACCGUGCAACUGCAUGGCUUCGAUAUCUCGGAGGAGCAAUAUCCUCCGAAGCAUAUGUGGCCAGGGAAUGUCAAUCUAGCGCUGUUGGACGCACUCAAGGAUGUCCCUCCCGCACUUGUUGGCCAAUACGAUGUUGUACAUAUCCGGAUGUGGGCGAGUAAUAUACGGGAUGGCAACACCAGGCCGCUGAUUUCACACUUGCAAGAGUUGCUGAGAGGCUACAUCCAGUGGGAGGAGGCAGAUCUCAUUCACCAAUAUGUGAAAGGGCGUAAGGCCCUUGCGUUUGCAGAACAGAUACCAUGUCUAUUUAAGAAGGUCGGUCUGGACUACAGCUGGGUAACAAAACUCCCUCGCGAUUUGAAAGAAGCACAUCUGGAUGUAAUAGAAUCCAAGACGGAGUCAUUCCAGGAAUCCCUUGUCCAGAAGUGUACGGACACAUAUCUCCUUGCUCUCGGUGAGAUAUUGCGCGGCACUAAGUUGACAUGCGCGGAAGAUAUUGUACCUCUGGUGACCAAGCAUGAGGCAGAACUACAGGAACUUUGCGCUGAACGCAAGGAUACGGUAUAUAACUGGUCUCCUGUCAAAAUUUUGGCGCAGAUUUCUUCAUUAAUGAUGAGUUGGAAUGUCGAUAAAUGCGAAGUUAUAGGUAUAACCCUCAAGGUAGCUGAUCAGUUACCCCAGCCCUUCCUGGUAAGGAAUUCCUUCAGAGGUUACAACUUACAGCUCAUCGAAAUGAAUUUGUCCACCAACAGCUCCCUCCGUUUCAAAAUAGGAUCUCUACGCAAUGUUGCAGAAAGCUCAUAUCCUCGACUUCUUCUAUCAUAA